AUGACCAAGAUGGCUCAUUUGAGACUGGAAGAGUUGUCCCAUGGCUGGAGGGUCAGAGAUGCGACGGACACGAAGCCAGAAGCCUGGUAUGCCGUCGAGACUGUACCCACGGUGGUACAUCUCGACCUCCUUCAGAACGGGGUGAUCCCUGACCCCUUCGUCGGAUUAAACGAGGAAAAGGUCCAAUGGGUUGCGGAGCGCGACUGGCUCUACCAGACGACCUUUGAGACUCCAUCUGUUGGCCCACGAACCCGACACUGUCUAGUCUUUGAGGGUUUAGACACGUUUGCAACGGUCACGCUGAAUGACACAGUAAUCCUGCGCAGCGACAAUAUGUUCAUUCCCCAUCGCCUUGAUAUAACGGGUAUUCUGACCAAUGGCCCUUCGAAAAUAAACACGCUGGAAAUCCUUUUUGAAUCGGCCCUGUUGCGUGGUCGCGAGGUGGUCAAAAACCAUCCCGAACAUCGGCAUAUCGCUCACCAAACUGAGGUGGGUCGCUUGGGCGCACGCAAAGCUGCUUAUCAUUGGGGAUGGGACUGGGGACCUAUUUUGGUCACAGCUGGCCCUUGGAGACCCGUCAGACUGGAGUCCUUCGUUGACCGAAUUGCCGACCUGUGGAUUGAAAGGACCGUGGCCGACGACCUUCGAUCCUGCUCAGGAAAGGUACACGUACGCACAGAGGGUCACGCAGCAGACCGAGCGCAUAUCGCAUUGUGGCACGAGGGCACAGUGGCCAUCGAAGUUGACAUAGAGCUCAAUUCUCAGGGAAAAGCAGAUGUCUCAUUCAGCAUCGACGACCCGGCUCUCUGGUUUCCUCAUGGAUACGGACCGCAAAGCCUCUACGAAGUCCAAGCUCAGUUAUUCUCACGGGACGAGCUGCUGCACGUAACCUCAAAGCGAACAGGUUUCAGACGAGCUGAGCUCAUACAGGAGAAGGACGAACAUGGACAAUCCUUUUACUUUCGAAUCAACAAUAUAGAUGUCUUUGCGAGCGGGUCGUGUUGGAUUCCUGGGGACAGUUUUCUCCCCCAGAUCUCAGAUGCUAGAUACCAAAAAUGGCUGCAAUUGAUGGUUGAGGGUAAUCAGAACAUGAUCCGUAUCUGGGGCGGUGGCAUCUUUGAGCCAGGAGUCUUCUAUGAGACCUGCGACGAAUUAGGAAUACUUGUCUGGCAGGAUUUUCUCUUUGCCUGCGCAUCGUAUCCAACGUACCCGGAAUACCUCGACUCGGUUGAAGAAGAGGCACGAGCGAACGUCCGACGUCUUCGACACCAUCCUUCGAUUGUCAUAUACGCUGGGAACAACGAGGAUUAUCAGAUACAACAAAAGUACGAUCUGACAUAUGACUACGACAGGGAUAAAGACCCAGCUUCUUGGCUCAAGUCGUCAUUCCCAGCCCGCUAUAUCUAUGAGUACCUAUUGCCGAAGGUAGUAGAGGAAGAGAAUCCCGGAAUGGCAUACCAUCCCAGCAGCCCGUGGGGUGGUGGUAGGCACACAACUGACCCCACCAUCGGAGAUAUCCAUCAAUGGGAUGUUUGGCAUGGAACUAUGGAGCCCUACCAGAGACUCAGUUCAAUGGGAGGCCGGUUCAACAGUGAAUUCGGCAUGGAGGCAUUUCCUCACAUACAUACAGUCGAUUCGUUCAUUGAUGACCCCGAAGACCGCUACCAUCAGUCCUUGACGAUGGACUUUCACAACAAGGCAUCCGGCCAUGAGAGACGACUGGGGACAUACAUACUGGAGAAUUUUAACGUAAAGCAGGAUCUGGAGUCAUACAUUCAUCUAUCUCAGAUAGCUCAAUCUGAGACCAUGUCUUUCGCCUACCGCAGCUGGCGGCGCGAAUGGGGCCAAGGCCGGCGGUGUGGAGGAGUGCUCGUCUGGCAACUCAACGACUGUUGGCCCACGAUUUCCUGGGCCAUUGUUGAUUAUUUCCUUGUUAAGAAGCCAGCAUUUUAUUCUAUCGCACGCGCGUCACAACCCCUGGUCGUCGGCGUGUGUCGACGCCACAAGGAAUGGACAUCGGGCCAUGCGCAACCACCUCGCUCCGUAGAAUUUGAUGUGUGGACUGUCAGUAGCAGGACAGUAAGAGUGAAUGCCGUCGUGUCUGUCCGUUGCAUAUCUGUCGAGACUGGGCACGACUUCCUGCCAGCUUCCGUUCACAAUGUUGAAAUCCUUCCGAAUGGGACUACCGAAAUCAUGAACAAUACAGUCGAUCUCAUUAGAGAAAACCUCGCUGGACAACAGGAUAUCCCACACUUCGUCAUUUUUGCCAGCUUAAGAGUGGACGGCAUUAUUGUGAGUCGAGAUUUUGACUGGCCCCAACCACUGAAAUACUUGAAAUUCAAGGAAAGGGGAGUGAAAGUGGAAUACUUAAAAGACCAGAGCGCUAUCAGAGUUGUAGUGUCCAAGCCCACGAAGGGGCUCGUGUUUCAGGAAAAACCUGGCAUUUGGUUUGGGAACAAUGGAGUUGACCUUGUGCCCGGUGAUGAGCAGAUUAUCCCGGUCAGGGGAAUCGAAGGGGACAAUGCAAUUCCCAGCUGGACCUAUAUCGGGGAUCAAAGGUCUUAA